AGAUAUUCAUGAUGUAACUUCUUCAGUAAGAGUAGGUGUAAUGACAAUAAGACAUUAAUUCUUAGGAGUAACUGGUGUAUUUAAUAACCAUCCCUUACCGUUCUACGCUAGUUUACAGUGCGUGCACUUGCAUAACGUAAGACGUAAACCGUUUAGAAGGAAAAUUUAUCGGUGUGAGUGUAGCUACUAUCUCGGGUACAUGGGUGUUUGAAAGACGUGAAAUUUUUGUGUUCGCCCCAUCAUUUCGAGAGGUUGACGUCCUUCUUUGCGCGGCAAGAAUAUUCAACAAUCCACGCCCAGCGGAACGCUGUAGCGUCUGAUCUCUGCCAGUCAGCGCUACCGGAGAACUGUUCCACUAAUAGCACGAGGGGCAGCGACUAACAUCAGCAGUCUUCAGGCAUACAGCGAAUGGGCACAGUUGGGACACAUUUCGCUUUGUAAUCAUGGCACAUCAGGACCAUUCAAUCUACUAGUCCUAGCAAGUAGGCCGGACCGGCAUCCAUGCCUUUGCUUCCUGUGUCUCCUCCGCCUCCGACGUCUGCUGGAGCCGACAACGAUCCACGGAGAGCCUGGUGUCCUGGCUAUCUCCUCCCGUAUAUUGUGCUGAGUGAUGGAGUCUCUCUUUGGGGGUGAGCUGGGCCUGCUGGGUGGGGGCGAUGGGCUGAAGGAGGACGGGUGCGGGGUGAACUGGCCGAGCGCCCCCCUCCCGGAUGACAUGUACUCUGCCUCCCACUUCGCCCUUAUCACUGCCUACCAUGACAUCAAGACCCGGCUCACUGGCCUGGAGCGGGAGAACAGCAGCAUCAAGAGGAAGCUGAAAAUCUACGAGAUAAAGUUCCCCAUGAUCAGUGAAUUUGGAGAGGAGAGGAACUCCUACUGCUCCUUUGAGCCCAAGGAGACAGCCCUGCUGCAGUCGGAGAAUGACAGCCUGCAGCAGAGAGUCAACACACUGACGCACGAGCUCCAGAAGAGUAAGGAACGUGAGGAGCAAUUAGAGGAUGUGAUCCAGGCCUAUGAGAAGAUCCAUAUGGAGAAGAGUAACCUCCAGAGGGACCUUGACAAGAUGACCACCCUUGCGGAGAAGCACAUGGAACGGAUCCGAAACUUAGAGGCGGCACUGCGGCAGAGGGACAGCUCCCUGCAGAAGCUGAACACACAGCUCCACAGCAAGGACAUGCAGUAUCUGCAGCUCCAUGCCAGCCCAGAGGUCUCCCACAUGCUGGACUGCCCGGCGCUGACCCUGCAGAGCUCGCGCAGCCUUGAUGCCCUGUCCGACCUGAAACUGCAGCGGCUGGAGGCGGAGCUGGAGGGGGCGCGGCAUGAGGCACAGGGGGCGUGUCAGCGGGAGGAGGAGCUGAAGGGGGAGUGUGAGCGGCUUCAGGAGGAGCUGAGACAGCUGCAGGAGACACAGAGGCAGCAGGAAAUGUCUGCUUCCUGUGAGCAGUGUGAUGUGGAGUGGAUAAAGAAGGCAGGAGAUGAACAGGUAAACCUGGCGCUGGCCUACACAGAGCUGACUGAGGAGCUGUCUCGCCUGCAGGCCCUGAGCUCCAAGCAGACGGAGAUCCUGAGGAAGAUGUCCCAGGAGCAGGCUAGCCCAGUCCAGCAUCACUCCCACCAGCGCCACUCGCCGAUCCCACAGCGGCAUUCUCCCAUCCCCCAGAGGCACUCUCCCGUCCCCCAGCGCCGCUCCCCAGUGCUGCAGCGCCUCUCCCCGGACAUGCACCGCCACUCGCCCCUGCCAGAGAUGAGCGAUGGCCCUGCCUCCUACUCCUGCCGCCCCGCCAGCCACCACCUGCGGGCCAGCUUCCAGGGCCGACGCAGUUACUCCGAGGUGGCCGACCCCUCCGCCUACCAGCGGCCGCCCCGCUUCACGCUGGACCCCGUCUCCACCCUGCCCAAGCCCCGUCCGUACGGGGAGGGAUACCUGAAGCAGCAACGCGGGGAGUCCCCGCCGGGGGCACAGGGGGGCGCGGGGGGCAGCCUGGUUGGGAGUCCCCGGCACGCCCGCGAGCUGCCCUUCCCCCUCUCGGAGGUGCCCCACCUGCGCUUCGAGCCCCCGCCCGUCCCCCCGGCACCCCUGCAGCCGCCGCAGUCCUCUGAGGACGAGGAGGAGUGGGCCUGCCCCCACCCGACCAGCCCGCCGCGCACGCUGGGGGUGUCCUCGGCCGCCACCGCCUCCAUCAUACGGGGUCCUGCCUCUUGCUCCGCCUUCCCCAUCCCGGUUGGGCCCAGCACCCUCAGCUGCCACCCACCCGGCUACCUGCACGCUGACCACGCUCAGUCCUGGCCGUCCAUCAAUCUGUGGAUGGAAACAGAGGAAAAUGACAUCAGGAGCUGCCCCCUAUGUCAACUUAUCUUCCCAAUCGGCUACCCCGACGACGCCCUGAUCAAACACAUCGACUCGCACCUGGAGAACAGCAAGAUCUGACGACUGCAGCAGGGCCACACCGGCCUGCCGUCGCUCCAGCCUUACCGAACCUUUUUAAUAAUAUUGUGCCAACGAGAUGAGUCCCAUCAGAACGGCAUUGUGGGAGAAAAGACUCUUAACGACCAUGAUGGAAGACACAUGGAAAUCACGACAAGUUGCUUCGUUGAUAUGUGACACAGACAGACCACUGGUCAGUCUUUGCCCCAGUUUUGUUUUACUCAGUCAAUGUUCAGGGUUGUUUCCAUCUGGGAACUUUCAGGGUUGACCCGUGCUCUUUCUACUCAAACAGAUAUUGUGUAUGCUCUUGUAAUGCGACGAAAGUACCACACGCUUCUCUGCUGUCGAUAGCUGCCAGCACCUGGGGAGCAGCCUGCUGAUGAAUCACAUGCGGUUACCAUCUUUUUUGGGGAGGGACUAGAUUGAUAGAAGAGUACACAACUGUUCUUUUCCCAAUGGAACUGGUGAUGUCACUCAUCCUGUAGUGCAUCAGAAGUUUCAUUCAAUACACAACACCUCUCGCUUGAGCCUGACAAGCACCACAGUGAAUUGUUGGGUAAAGCCACUGAUCUCCAUGUAAAUAGGGUGGUGUGAUAUUGAUGCAAAAUGUCACUUUUAAAAAGUUGAUUGACUCUUUCCACUACAAUGUAUGUAUUAUUUGUUACAUUUUAUUAAAUCCUUGACACUA